AUAUCCCACGGCAAACGGUCGUCUACAGUGCGAAAGGUGGUGCUUUCCCCUCCCCUCUGAACGUGGAUGAGGAGACCGUUGUUUUCUUGUUGUUUGUGCAGUGUGUAGAGUGUGAGUAAUAAUCGGUGUUUAUCACGAAAAUUGGGACUUUUUCUGUGCGAAGUGAAAACAACGAGCGAACAUUUUCGUGAGUGAAUCAGUGAGUGAGCGUGUUUUUCGUGAGUAUCGCGUGAUCCAGUUCACAUGCGCGGUCGCAUGUUCGGGUGUUCUGCUGACAUUCUCCAAAGAACAACGGCGACGACGACGGUGGUGUGAAUCGAUUAGUUUCGGGAAAGCAAUCGACCCCAGUAGUGGUAGCAGUGGACGAAAGUGCACGUGAAUCGGUGUUUGUGUGUGUUCCCUUCCAGCUGUGUGUGGAGGGUAGUUGAUGGUGUAAUUCUAGAAGAAGCACUAAACUGUUGUAAAGUGUACACCCGAAAAAUAAAAGAGAGGCCCCGCAAGGCAGAACACAAGUGACACAAUGCCCUCUGAACCGAAACUGUUUAACCCGCACCCGGAUGUGGCCGAAAAGGCGUACAUCAACAGCAUGGACCAGUACCGGGAGUACUACCGCCAGUCGGUGGAGAAUCCCGCCCAGUUCUGGAGCAAUGUGGCCAAGCAGUUCCACUGGGAGACCCCGUACGACCCGCAGAACUUCAUGUCGUACAACUUUGACAUCUCCAAGGGACCGAUCUUCGUCAAGUGGAUGGAGGGCGCCUCGACCAACAUCAGCUACAACCUGCUCGAUCGGAACGUCCGGAACGGCCUUGGCGACACGGUGGCCUACUACUGGGAAGGCAACCACCCGGACGACUACAGCCGGCUGACGUACCGCAAGCUGCUCGAGGAGGUAUGCCGGUUCGCGAACGUGCUCAAAUCGCACGGCGUCCAGAAGGGUGACCGCGUGUCGAUCUACAUGCCCAUGGUCAUGGAACUUCCGGUGGCGAUGCUCGCCUGUGCCCGCAUCGGCGCCGUCCACUCCAUUGUGUUUGCCGGCUUCUCGUCGGACUCGCUGGCCGAGCGGAUGCACGACUGUCAGGCCAAGGUGCUGAUCACGGCCGAUGGGGCUUGGCGUGGCGAGAAGAUCUUGCACCUGAAGAACAUCUGCGAUGAGGCGAUGACGAAGGCUGAGGAGAUGGGACAUCGUGUUGGCACGUGCGUUGUGGUGUCGCACAUCAACCGGGUGACUCCGGGAAAUUCCGCCUGGGAUGGGGAGUUUGAUACCCCAUGGACGGACGAUCGCGACUUUUGGUGGCACCAGGAGAUGGAAGAGGCCGACACGUCUUGCUAUCCGGAGUGGAUGGCGGCCGAGGAUCCGCUGUUUAUGCUGUACACCAGUGGAUCAACGGGCAAGCCCAAGGGUGUGCUUCACACCACCGCUGGGUAUCUUCUGUACGCCGCCACGACCUUUAAGAUCGUGUUUGACUACAAGCCGCACGAUGUUUACUGGUGCACCGCCGAUAUUGGUUGGAUCACCGGCCACACGUACGUGCUGUACGGACCGCUGGCCAACGGUGCGACCUCGGUCAUGUUCGAGGGUAGUCCAUUCUUCCCGGAGAACGAUCGCUACUGGGAAGUUGUGGACAAGUACAAGGUCACGCAGUUCUACACGGCACCGACGGCGAUCCGAUCGCUGAUGAAGUACGGCGAUGAGCCGGUCCUGAAGCAUGAUCUGUCGACGCUGAGAGUCCUUGGAAGUGUUGGUGAACCAAUCAACCCGGAGGCAUGGAUGUGGUACUACAAGGUGGUCGGCAAGGAAAAGUGCUCGAUCGUGGACACCUUCUGGCAGACGGAGACCGGCGGACACGUGAUCACCCCAUUGCCGGGAGCAACCCCAAUGAAACCAGGAUCUGCUAGCUUCCCAUUCUUUGGCGUGAAACCAACCCUGCUGGACGAAAGUGGUAACGAGGUCAAGGGAGAAGGUGAGGGUUACCUCGUGUUUUCUCAACCAUGGCCCGGCAUGAUGAGGACCUUGUUCAACAACCAUCCCCGCUACGAGUCAACGUAUUUCUCCAAGUUUAACGGAUUUUACUGCACCGGAGACGGUGCUCGACGUGACGCCGACGGAUACUACUGGGUUACCGGUCGCGUCGACGACAUGCUGAACGUUUCCGGCCAUCUCAUGUCGACGGCCGAGGUCGAGUCCGUACUGACGGAGCACACGCGGGUGUCGGAAGCCGCCGUCGUGUCCCGACCACACCCCGUCAAGGGUGAAUGUCUCUACUGCUUCAUCACGCCCAACCAGAACGAAGUGUUUGACAAGACCCUGAUCAACGAACUGAAGGUUCUCGUCCGGGAACGGAUUGGUCCGUUCGCCCAGCCGGACGUGAUCCAGCACGCGCCGGGACUUCCGAAGACACGCUCCGGCAAGAUUAUGCGACGAGUGCUGCGCAAGGUGGCGGUCAACGAUCGCGAAAUCGGCGACACUUCGACCCUGGCGGACGAAGCGAUCAUCGAGCAGCUGUUUGCCAACCGGCCGGUAGCUUAAGGAAGGUUCUUCGCCCUGCAAGCGCACACCCACGUGUGAUCUCUCUCUCUAUCGGCUGCUGUUGUGGAUGCAGAAGGUUGGCGCAUUAAUCUUGUGUAGUGUUUUGGGAUAAGUUUAGUUAUUAUCGGAGCAGAAACUAGAAAGGCACUGGCAUUUAGCCCACCAUUUGGGGCUAACGAGAAAGACUUAUUUGAGAAUGGUGCUACCAAAAGGAACUAUUAUGAAACAGAACACGAACAUUUAACUGUACCACUGAGGAUGGUCUAACACACACACAAACACACAUUGUUGAAAUGAUUAUACACAAACUUUGUAGAAUAACCAGAUACUUACCGCGUACAGGAUUCGCGAACACUAAAAAAAUGGUGAAAUUGUGUAUUUCAGGACAUCACAUUCCGCGUACACAAAAGUGAGUGAAAAACGGUGAAUCUUUGCGAGAAACUCGUCGAUCUAGAUGGUACAUGUGCUUUACAAAGUGUAUGUUUUAACUCUUAGGUUUAAGUAUUACUUUGAUGAUGCAAAGUUGUAAAAGAAAGCAUUUCGUUCAAAACGAAACCCAAUGGCUUAACAUGUUUUGAACAAACAGGAGAAAUCAAGUAGAACACGAAAUCCUACAAAAACACACACACACAAAGAACGAGAUCAUUUGUAGCUUCUAAGCAUCCAAAUCGUGCACAGAUAUUUUAUGUAUGUUAGUACUUGCGUCUUUUAUGUUUUAAAAAUACCUUCUAAUAAAACACAAAUAUUUCAACCAACACAACACACAUUUCUUCAAAAUGUUUUGUUUUUCUUCAUUUCCCUCACUCCGUCAACACAUGGACACUUUCUGCAUCCACCAUCACCUCCCAAAGACAGCCAUUUCCCUUAAGCUCACCCGUACAAGAUGGUUUCUCCGACAUUGAAAAAAUAAUAAUAAUAAAAACCGCCCAAUCGCGAUACAUAUCAUUUCCUUUGCUUCCACACCGGGUAGAGGAAACUAUUAGUUUGUUAAGAUAUUGCGUCACUUGUUUUGCAGAUA